AUGAGCGGGAGUCAAUUGUCGGACGAAUUGCAGGAGAAUCAGGGUGGAGGCGAUGCAGAUGCCUUUGUUCACCCAAGUGACAUUCAUGCGGCCCCGCCGCCCUUCGUUGGGGUGGCAAUAAAGCGCUCCCUGCGGCUUCCCACGGACGACGAGCCUCCACCGAGGCCUCCGCCGCCCGUGGAUCCCUUCGAGCAGAUUCCACUGCCGGGCUUUGUCAUCUUUGGCGAUGACACGAAGACGAGCAACUUUUUCUGGGGCAACGCGAGUGGCACGAAGAAAAGUUUUCUCGUGGAGCUCACGUCUGAGGAGGAGUUGCAGGACUUCCUGACCGCCGCCAGGACCCCCUCCGAAGAGACAUCGCUGGUGAUGGGGCAGGAGGAGACGCAACUGGAAGGGGAGGGAGAGGUGAUUAAUGAAUUGGAGGAUGAACAGAAGAGCCCCACGUCGACGAGCUCGUACUUGGGCACCCUCACCGAGGAAGAUGAAGAGGAGGAGGGGGAUGAGGACGUCAAUGGGGGCGUUGGAAGGGAGGGUGAGGCAGACGGUGUGAAUGGAAGGACGUCGGAUGGCGUGCGAGAGGCGGCCGAUACAUCCAUUGUGGUGAACGGCGAGGCGAGCACUGAGACGGAGCUCCACUGCGCAGUGAAUGGAGCAGCCGAGGUGGCCCCAACUUCACAUGAUGACGCCGAUGGCGGGGGCGCAUGUGCCAGCCCAGGUUCGGGGGUGCUUCGGGGCGGUCGCGGUGGCGAUUCAUCGAUCGAAAAGUGUGUAGUCGUCGCCGACGACGGCAUCCAGGACAUCAUUUUGGAGCAAGGUGAGUCUGGAGAGACACCGCAAGAGCCAUCUUUCCCAUCGAGUGCGACCCGUGGGGACACCUUGAGCCCUCUGCCACCGCCCGAGUCCCAAUCCUUGGCGUUCAGUGAUCAGUGCGUUCAAGUGCCAUCGCCACCCAGUCGCGAGGACCAUCCCCAACACCCCUGGUGCCCGUGCUCGGGCUCCCCGUGGCGGAGUCAAGUGAAAAUCCACUGCUGCCACCCGCAGGACUCGUCGUCUGGUCCGUGCAGCGGCGGAAGGAGUGGCCAGGAGAGAAGCUGCGGUGAUCAGGGUGGUGUGAACGUUGAAGUGACUUUCAAGGCGCACAUAAGUGUUGAAUUGUCUGAAGAGUCCUCGAGGCAAACACCAUCGAUUUGCGUGGAGGACGACAAACAGGAAACCAAUUGUGCGCCAGGCAAAAGUGAAAUCAGCCCCAGUGACGUGAACGGAAAUCCGGACGACUGUGUGGCUAAAAGUGAUUCCCCGCGACCCGUGCAGAAAUUGCAAGUGUACGGAACUCUUGGCUCGCCAUCAUUUGCGGACAACUUUGAGGCUAGUGUGCGGCUGAAGCGCCUCGAGGAGCGCCUGAAGAAGUUCACCUACACGAAGAAACUCCUCCGCGACCCACCCCAGGAGCCGCCAGCUGACGGGGACUUUGCCACCAUCCUCAAGAGCCUGGGUGGCGAGAGUGAGGUGAAUUUUGAUGAGUCUUGUUUACAUCCCACCAAGGAGUCAUCCGCUGAGUCGCACACUCGUGAGGAUUCGGACCCCAUCGAUCGGGCCCUUUCAUGCCACAAUCAGAACUCACACGGAGACUGCGAAGGGAGUCAAUUAGUGAGGCUCCUCUCGUCAGUGCAGAAGCUUUGUGAAUCUGGCCGAAGUGACGUGGGUGAGUGCAGGACAGGGUCUGGGAAAAUCGAUAGGGACACCACUGAGGUCGAAGCUCAGGUGUUGCCGACACAGACAGUGCACAAUGUGCUUUCUGGUGCUCACGCGAGAGGUGAUGUGCAGUGUUGUGUGAAAGCGGACGAAAAUAGCAACUUUCUCAGAGAUCCGCCGAGGAAGACCCACCUCAGUCCCGACUCCAGUUCCAUUGACUCAGCCGAGGAGUUGUGCAAACUCUUUCCCGAGGAAUCAAGGUCGUCACCCCCGCCCCCCAUCCACCCCAAGCGGCUCCCCUUCUUCUCCCCGCCCUAUCGGCCCUUCCGCGCCACCACUCCACCUCCGCCACCGCCGCCGCCCAAGACCUCGGCCUUCCGGAGCUGCGAAUUCGACGCUCUCAAGUAUGCCUCAGAAGGCGUCACGUACCCCAAUGGCCUGCUCGAGUGCUACGACGAGCUCGAGAGCGAUGUGAGCGAAGAGAGCGAUGACAAUACGUGCCAGUGCUCACUAGAAGCUGUGCCCCUGUACCAUCACCCGCUGGUCAUCAUGCGCGAGAGUGCCGGACCACUGAGGGGCCUCCUCAAGAAGCCCAACCGCCCGCCGCAGCAGCGCAAGAAUCGCGUGGUCUUCGACGAGACACGCAAUGAGUUCUUCGAGGCCGACUACAUCAUCCUCAUCCGUGAGGACUGUCCCUACGACGAGGAGGACGAGGAGCCGUGCACCUGCGGAGAGCACGAGCUCGUCCGUCUCUGCUGCGAGGAGGGAUGCCAGUGUCCCGGAUACACGGAUGAUUGCCGCACGCCUCAGAGUCCCAAGUAUGCUCCACCCAUGGAAUUUGUGGACCAGGCCACACUCAGUCCGCCCGAGGGCUACAAGGACGGCGGCGCCCUCACGAAUGCUCUCGGCGGCGCCCUGGGCGGCCAUGUGUUCGGCGCCCAGCACAUCCAGCAGCUGCAGGUGAUCCAGAAGCUCCAGCAGCAGCGGGCCGCGAUGCUGGCGGCCCGUGGCCAAGCCACUGCUCCCCAGCAAGGUGAUGCCUCGAUGCAGCAGCCCGUGUGCAUGGAGUGCGCCGAGUGCGCUGAGUGCGCCGCCAAGCAGAUGCAAGAAGAGUGCGAUUCGCCGUGUUCGGAUGAAACGGGAACGCUGGAGAUGCCACAUGUGGCAAUCGUUCCUAUCAAGACCACCUCGCCAGAGCGGCGGGUGACACAGAAGGAGAUCAUUGCUGGCGAGGAGAGACCCAAGUACUUGGCCAUCAAACAGCAAUUAGAGGCAGCGACUCAAGAAAAUGGAGUGGAGAAAGUCCGAUCGAGUGAAAAUCCAAGAUAUGUCGUCGAAACCAUAACAAUGACAACCGUCACUGAACGGCGAAUUGUGAGGCAAGCUAAUGAAACUGUGCCAUCAGGAUCUCACGGCAGUGUAGGAGGCAUUUCGGCGAGUGGAGCUCACCAGGGAGCGGCGGCAGGCGUUCCGGGAACGGCGGCUGAUCAUGCGGAUAGAUUGAAUGACUCCACGUCUAUUUCGGGCAUCUUGAAGGGUGGAAAACUGUGGAAGAGUGAGCAAACUCAGUGUGACGACACAACGAAUAUCACAUCGGACGAGGAGGGGAACGUGAAGCGCUCCGUGCGCUUCACGGAGAAUAUCAAGGAUACGGAGAGGGAAUUGUGCGACGGUGAGGUGCAGUCGGGUGAGGCGGAGGAGCAACGGCCCACAGAGAUAAUGCUGCUGAAGAAGCAAUCGAGCCUCUUCCACAACGCCCUGCGCCCGAACUCGGCACUGCGCCAGCUCUUCCCGGCCGUCUCCACUGCGUCCACGGCUGCGGCUCCGCUCACUCACGAGGCCCUCAGGGCGUUCGAUGAGUCCAAGAGGGGCCCCACGCUGGCCGCCAUCGGUGGCGGCGGUCUGGGAGUCAGCAGUGACUCCGAGACAGACACGAUUCGGCGCACAAUCGAGAGGAAUGCACUGAGGAGGUCGCUCAUCAAGUACGAGCCGAAGAAGAAGCCCGUCCGGCCGGACACGUCGCUCGAGGAGAGGAUCCGCCAACUCACAUGUGAUAUCGACGAACCGCUGGCGGAUGGGCAGGUGAAGGAUCUCAGAGGGGAUCUGGAGCGCAGAGAUAGUCCGGCUGGUGAGGAGAAUCCGCAGCAGUCGAAGUAUAUGCCAGACAAGAGCUUCUCGCCCAGCUCAUCGGCCAGCAGCUCCUCCAGUGGCUCCACGUCGGCCUAUCGCAAGAUCACGGACAUCUUCCAUCGCGAUCGACGCCAGGAGCGCAUUCCCGAGGCGGAUGAGAAUCCUAUUGUGAUCAUUCCUCAGGAUUGCCGAUGUCCUGCUGCUCCGGAUUUGGGAAUGGGUGUUCAGAUGCCACAGACACAUACGCAAAUACAUCAGACUCCGCCGCGUCAGAACGAGUCCAGGCGUCAGUUCCUCUCCACUCUGGCACCACUCACGGCGUGCGUGGCUGGCCAGAGAGAUGACUUCUCCUACUACACGCUCAGUGCCGGCGACCGCGCUUCCACGGCCAGCUCCCAGUGCUCAGAGUACAGCCUGGGUGACAUUGAGGCGGUGCUGCACGAUGAUGAGGUGAAGCAGGUGGCGCCGGACGUGAUUGCCGGCACUCCUGGCCAGGAGUCCGACGAACUGGCGGCUUUCGCGCAGCAGGAAGCCUCGCGCACAGAUCGCAUCAAGAAGCGCUACAGCGGCAAUGAGGCUCCCAAUGUCAACACCAACUCAACAGUGGCGUCCGACGAUGAUGACGAGCAGAAUGACUACGGAUUCAACAAGAGGCCGUCAGUGAGGGGAAUUAAGCCCAAGUUCGGCACCACCAAUGAGAUUCUGCAGCAAAUGCAGGCCCAAUUGGCCCAGCCGGGCCCAAUUCAGACAACACAGGUUGUCCAGCAGACACACACGACCAUUCAGCAGCCUCCGCCGCCGCACAUGAUCCAGAAGAUUCACCCAGCCAACGCCAUUAUCCACACCGUGACAUCGCAGCAGCAACAGCUGACCACAACUACAGGCUCCAAUGCCGCGCAGUGGGCCUACUUCUCCGCGGAGUCUCAGCAAACGCCUCCGCAGCAGCAGCAACAGCCGCAGCAGCAGCAGCUGCAGCGCAGCCAGAGCACCAGCGGAGCAUCCACGGAUGUCGUGGCCACGAAUGCCAACUACUACAAUCACCUGCCGGCAGUUCACGGGCGGCACAGCUUCCACGGGCAUCAUGAGGCCACAAUCUACCAGAAUUGCCACAGUGUGGUGGAGCAGCAGCAGUACGGACGCUUCGCCAGGAGCCCCACCCGCCGCCCAGAGUCGCCACCGCCGCUGAGGAACUACCACCAGACCAUGGUGCUCAUUCCCUACAACAACACAGAGUCCUUCGCCAGAUACGCCACGAGCAAUGAGCAAAUUCCUGGCCAACAAUUCAGGCGCUUGGAGUAUCAACAGGUCACCCAGCAGACGAUCCGCGUUCCCAUGGGAUACCCGCUGCCGGGCAUGCAGCUGCACGUGGUGGCGGGUCGCGGUGGCGCGCCGCACGCCAACUACGCGUCCUUCCCGCGCCCACGGCGUCCCGGCAACUAUGCGUACGUGACGCCAGGUGGUCAGGAGAAGGAGCCGCCGAGCGGUGGCGUGAAGUACAUCGAGCGCGGUGCUCCCGAGGGGGCGGCGAGCGCGCCACCCGGUGACGCGAGUGCCGGCAACGGUGCGCUCAUGUCACCCGUCUCGGGGGCGCCGCACACGACCUCCACGGGUGCCGCGCAGACGACGACGUCAGGAGUUACCACCACCACGUCCGCCCCCGCGACGGGUGCCGUGUUCUACGCCAUGAACGUCUGA